UGUCAAAAAACAUAAACAUACAGUGCAAAAUGGCGUUAUCCUCAUUUAUUUUGAAUCAAUUAGAGCAUGCAAAAAUAUAACGCAGAUCUGAAAUAAUAAUUAGAAACAAAAGUAAUAUAAUACUCAUUUGAUAUAAAUACAAAUGUGACCUUUUUGGACAUCAAGGAUUAGAUUGUUUUCAAAAUCAUGAUCAAAUUUGCUGAUUACUUUGUUAUAAGUGGUCUCGAUUUGAGUUCUGGAUUGGAGCCAGAUAAAUAUGCAGAAGACAAUUUACAAGUAUCUCCCUUGGAAAGAUCCUACAAAACUAAAGUCCUCAGUCAUUAUCCUGACAAUAUAUCAGCUUAUCGUCUUGAUGAACAAGCUGUUGGAAUGUUAUGUCUACCGAAUGGUCUCAAAUUUCGAACCCAAAAGCAUUCUGUUACACAAGCUCCUAAUUUUCAUUCAUUUUUAAUCACUAAAGAGGAUGGUAGACGUUUUUAUGGGUUCAGUUUGAUAUUCUAUGAGGAAGUUAGAAAUCGAGAUAUCUGUACAGCUAUGCAAACAUUACAGGCAAUGUAUAUAACAGAAUUAUCUAGUGGAUUGAAAACAAGACCAGUACUUAAUAAUCAGAAUCAGGUACCCCAAUCAAGGUCUUUGCCAAGACAUUUCAAAUUGAAUCCACAUAACCCAACAGGUGCAGCUCUACAAUACUAUGAUAUUUCUAGAGACAAACUUUUUGUCUCAAAAAGCAUUGCAAUAUUAUGUAGGAGUGCUUAUGUUCAGGCAGCAAAGAUUUUUCUAGAAAAUCUAUACAGGUGUUCUAAAAGACUGUCGACUUCCCAAUAUUCUCUAGAAAGUUAUGUGUUCAAUCUUUUAUAUGAAAUUGAAUUGCCUGCUCCUGGGAAAAGUAUUUUAGUACAUCUACCUCCUUCAGAUCCUCAAUUACCUCCUACUAGCAUCGUGUUACAAAGCCCUGCUCCUCCACUGGAGUUACCACAUUCGGAUUACUCAUUGAGGUUGAUGUUUGUUUGGUUAGGAGUUGAUAUUGUAGUUCAACUAUUCACAUGCCUUUUAUUAGAAAAUCAAAUCCUUUUGAGAAGUACUGAUUGUCAUAAGUUAAUGGUGGUAGCUGAAGGUAUAACCUCAUUACUUUUUCCAUUCACAUGGGCUCAUGUUUAUGUGCCAAUCUUGCCAGCAUCACUGCAUCAUUUUUUGGAUGCUCCUGUUCCUUUUCUUAUGGGCCUCAAUGCCUCCGGUGAAAAUAUAAAAGUAGCCUCAGAAGCUAGUCUUUGUUAUGUGGAUAUCGAUAAAUGUAAAGUGCAGCUUCCUGAGGAAACUACGCCUUUUCCACAUCGGGAAGAUUUUGUGGCUGAAAUUUGGUCGGCUUUGGAUAAAUUUGGAAUUCAAGUGCCGAAUUCCGAAAAUAACAGAAAUAUUAAUCCUCAGGAAAUUACUUCCAGAAGUUGCACAUUACCCGUUAAACCACAAAAUAGACGAAAACUAUCCAUACAUGACACUUUGGACUGUGAACGUCCACCAUCACCCCCGGGAUCUGCAAGAUCAGAAGCUUUACAAAGAAUUGCCGACAUAGUAAGGAGAACUGGGGUUACUUUGGAUCAGAACGAUUCUGGUCUACCUGUUGACACUUACAUAGAGGAUCUGAGAUUCAACAAUUCGAUAAGAGAAAUUUUCUUGAAUAGAUUUGUUCAUAUAUUUCAGUCCUACGAAAACUUUGUCAUCUUUCCAAAUCAAGCUAAAGAAGAUUGGGUCAAUAAUCGGGACUCGAUGCAAAAUUUCGAUAAGUCGUCUUUCCUGAGCGAUCAACCAGAGCAGCACCGAACAUAUUUAUGGCGUUUCCUUGAAUCUCAAAUGUUCGCGACCCUGAUCGACAAUAAAAUCUUGUCCAGUUGGGGAGAUGUGGACAAUAAUUUGGUGAUAUUCGACAAUAGAAUAAAAUUACUCAAACAAAGAUACGGAGGAGAAAAUCUCAUGCGUUCUCUGUGUUACGAACCUUGCACAAUAGCUCAUGAUACUCAAAAGUUGUUGGAGAGAAGAUUGGCAAAUCCGGAUUUCGAAUCUCCGUUACCGAGAGAAAUAAUGAACGCAAAGUCAACUUCAUCAAAAAAUUUCCCCUUGUUGAAUAAAGAAAUACUCAAUAAGACUCCUGUUGUCAACAAAGGGAGUAUACCGAGGGCUAGUGCUCUGAAAAAAGACAUGAAUAUCCCAAGACCUGUAAGCUUAACUGGGGAUCGAAUCAAUGCAAAUAAGUCAGGAAAUACUCAAGAUAUGUCUCCGGCUCUCUUAGCUCAAACUAACUGGACAUUCGUAGAGAAACUGUUAAAAGACUGCAAAGCCAAAACAAAAAGAAUGUUACUGGCUAAAUUAGGGGCAGAAGGUGUAACUUUGUCCAGCAAUAAUGCUUCAGACAACUCUGGAGCUGUCGAAGAAAGUACUCUGGUAGCUUCGUUAUGUGAUUUUCUAGAAAGAGUAUGGUCUCACGCCCUUCAAAGGAAAAGAGGAAAAUCAGCCUUAUGGUCUCAUUUAUUAGCAUAUCAAGAAACACAUCAGCCUCUCUCAAUGAAGGAAAACCAUUAUCUGUCCCGAGAGAAAAAGAAAGAAGAAAACUCAAGACAGGAAUCUUUGCCGACGUUGUUGAGUCGAAGUGUUGUAGCUGAGAUGUCAAGAUUGGCUCUUCAAGUAGAUUAUUGGUCCAGCCCUGGUAGUGAUAGAAAUAUGAAAACUGAACUUCCUCAUUUACCCGACACUUUACUUGUAGAUAUAACUAACGUACAAGCAAUGCUAGAUGUCAAAACAUGCAUCGGUAAAGCAAGAGCUUGGGUCCGUCUAGCCCUAGAAAAAAAAUUGCUCUCCAAACACAUCAGGACUCUCUUAUCUGACCAAGCUCUGUUGAAGAAUCUCUACAAAAGGUCUGCAUUUCUCAGAUGUGAUGAAGAAAGGGAACAAUUUCUCUACCAUUUGCUCUCUCUAAACGCUGUAGAUUAUUUUUGUUUCACUAGUACCUAUCCGACAACUGUGAUACCAUAUAGAAUUGUGAUAGUACCAAGUAAAAAGGGCACAAUUACAUCAGCUAAUGUUUGGAUAGUUUUAUCGGGAACAUUGUCAGAAACCAAGAGAGUCAAUGUACCGAAAGCUGCAAUAAACUUUGAACAUAAGAAUCAAAAUCUUGGCGUGUUGACAACACUCAGAAUUGGGCAUGAUAAUACGGGCAUGCAUGCAAAAUGGAUGAUAGACUUUGUGCUUGUAAGAAAUGACAUCACAGGACAUGUUUAUAAGUUUGCUUGUGGAAGAUGGUUAGGAAGAGGAGUAGAUGAUGGAUCAACAGAAAGACUUUUAGUUGGCAGCUUGCUUCCUCCAAGUAAGGAAGGAGACGAUAACAUUACCUCUUCGCAGAAUAAGGUCACAACACCUCCAAGAUCAAGAUCUCCAGCACCACCAACUCCAAAGACUGAGCUGAAACCAUCUCAAAUACAACACAUGCUAAGUGAUUGUAUCAAUAAUAUUGUUAAAUGGCAAUACAGGAGAAGUUCUGAAAGGAAUACUACGCUGACUGCCUUAUUGUGUGGAGAGAAAGGAUUAGUCCACAGUAUGGAAAACGUCUUUCUACUCGGAUUCAAAUCUUCUAAGCUUUUUAUGGGAAAACAUUAUUUGUGGGAUUACUUAGUGUGGGUCAAAGAAGAGUUUGAAUCGAAUUUAAUGGAGGAACACACUGGGACAAGGUCAUCAAGCUUAGAAAGAAAUCAUCAAAAAACUGUGGCUGUUUGGAGAUGUUACUCCCAUCUUGUAGAGGAAAUAUUGAGUAGCAGCAAGGCUUUAGGAAAAGAUGGAAAAUUCCAGUUAUUCAUAUGCUUGAGUGUUAGGGAACAUCUUUUGCACAGAAUGCUGGUUCCGAUGUCAGCUUGCAAAAUAACUUCAGAGAUGUAUGAAGAUUAUUCAUUUUUGAAGAAUCGUGGUCUACUUACUUUUCUUCGGCAAAUAUUGCUUCCCUUAGAUGAGUUAGAUGUUGUUUUAGAAAAUUCUGUAACACACGGAAUCUCUUCACCUUCACAUUGUUGAACAAGUGGGAAGUUAGUGAGAGGCUAAGUACAAUCCAAAGAUUUAUAAGAAUGACAAAAUCAUAGCAGUUUAGAGAAUUUAGUCAAUUUUUUAUGAAUUAAGUUGGUUUAUAGUUUCCUAUUUUCAAUAAUUUUCUGAGAAAAUUCAGAUGAGAAUUUGCAUAUUUUACAAGAAUGAUAUUACUAUAUGAUGUUCAUUGAAUAAUCUUAAAUGUUGUUCCUUUUUGAUAUUGGUAAAAAUGAUCAUCUGAUUUUUUUUAUUCCUAUUUCACUCAACUUUGAAGAACAACAAUGCUUUAUGUGCCAAUUUAACAAUUAGGUUGAAAAAAUAUAUAUUUUGAAGGCAGCCAAGUUACCAUAUGAUAUUACGUAGUUAUAUUUUAUUUUUUGACUUUUAAACAACUAUAUUUUUUAGGAAUUUCAUUUUAUUGAAAGGUCUCUCUGAUAUGGCAUGGAUGUAUUUAAUUUGAUCAUUAAUAUUUUUGUAAUUUCUGGAUUAGCAAAGCAAUUAUCUUAAUGAUUCACUUGAAUGAUAAUAUUAUAUUUGGAAAUGUUUUUAUCAACUUCGAGGGAGGGGUUGAGUUUCAAUGUGAUUUAUUGACCAUUUGAAUGAAUGUUUUACUGAUCAAACUCAACAUAUACAUAAGUGAAAUUGUGUAAAAUGAAAAAAAAACCUCAAGUAAAAAAUGCCAGGAGCUGGAAUCUUCACAAUUUUAUGAUGUUAUAAAUUGAAUGUUCAUUUAUGAAUUAGCACUUUUGAAAUUGAUAUAAAAAAUGAUACUUAUUAUAUUUUAACAACAUGUAAUAAGAUGUUGAAUGUAAUUUUAUGUGUUUUCCGUUUCAACUCUUUUAUGAAACCAAAAAUAUAUUAAAUAAUGUAAUUUUAUGACCUUAUCUAAGAAUAUAUAAUAUUAGAAAUCAAUUUUUGGAUUCGACUUAUAUGUGGCCUACUUUAGAGAUUUUAGAGGCAAUAAUAUUCUUUUUUGUUGAAAAGAUUCUUGUUGUGGAAAAUAAAAUAUAUUCUUCACAUUGGAUUUUUUUUAUAUUUUAGAAAUCUUUGAUUUCUAUAAUUUUUAAUUAUUCAAUAACUAACAACCUCCCCUCCUUUUUUUAUUAUCUUUAAUAUCAGCUGCUCAAUCAAUCCUCGAAUUCAGUCAAAUGUCUGUUUUUUUUUAAUCUGCGAAUUUUUUGAAAAUGAGACAACACCGUUGUCGAAACUUAGUUAUUUCAACUUAAGUUGAAUACUAAGUUCACUAUAAAAAAAAAUUGUAUGGAAUUGGCAAGUCGGUAUUUUAAGAUGUAUUAUCUACGCGUCAGAAAGAAAUGGAUACAAAAUGCCGUAAGUAAAACAGGGAGCAACAAUAUUUCCCCUUCCUCAAACAGUGAAAGUCCAAUCAAAAACAAGAGUUCAUCUCCCUCUCUCGCUCUCUGCAAAUCAGAAUUCAAAUAAACUAGACCGAAUCAUUUCGAACACGCCUACAUGUACCUCCUUCUCUCAAAGCGAUGUUGGAAAGGGAAAGACUGCAACAUACUAUACCUACUAUUUUUAUUUCACUAUCAAGAUUUUAUAGUUGCGAAUAUACUUUAUAUACACACUUGGUAGGUUCUGAAAAUUCAUGUGAGCUUUUUGAUUGAGAUAUUAUUCUCUUUAGAUGAUUCUUUAUAGGUUUUUCUUGACAGUUUGUAAUGUGUUAAUACGGAUGCAAAUCUAUCAUAUUUUUAAGAUUUUCAUUUCUCUAUGUAUUUGUGCUUUUUCAAUAUAUAUUUGUUCUCUUUGCGGCUUUUCAAAGUCUUUUCUUCUUGUUGUUUUUUUUAGGAAUGAAUUGAUAUAAAAUACGACAAAAGUCAGUCCCUAUAACUUUUAUUAGUUAUGCAUCAUUGUACCUAUAUAAUUCUAUAAAUAUAAAUAAAAAUACGUUUGAUCACUUCACAAUUCCUAUGUUUUCAUAGUUUUGUUUUUAUACAGCAUAUACACAAUUUAUCACGUCG